UUUAAUUAGACUUUUGUAAAAACCCAAUAGAACUAUAUUUAGCUUAAACAGAGAGUUUGUGGUCAAAAACACCCUGACGUAUUAACAACAAAACAAAAUUGAAUAUCAUAUGCUACAUUAAACACGUUCCCUUUUACAAACCGGAUGCUUGGUGUAACGGAUGCGGAAACGGAAGGCGAGAUUGAGCGCUAGGAAAAAAGUGUCGAGCGAUAAACGUUACGCUGAACGGCUGGAUGGGAACCAUAGACGGUAUGAUGGGAAUACAAGCCACGUUUCACGUUUUUUCGUGAGUCAUGUACACCGCAAUGAAAGAAAUGGAUCCGGUUCACAGUAAGACAGGCGUCUACUACCAGGCAAUACCUGCUGUUGGAGGCGAUGGAAGGAGCAUCAUGAAACUGAUUCCUGUACAAAGGGUCAACGGACAGUUUGUCCAAUCUCGAAUAAGCCAACCCAGAAUGGUUACUACACCACAGAAAGCUGUAACCAUCAAUAUUUCCUCUGCACCUGUUCAGCUGUUAAAAAAGGCUUCAAAUCCUUCUGGCACUAAACAAAUCUUCAUGAAGCAGGUUUCCUUUAUGAAUGUCUGCCCAAAUGAAGUAGGUUUGGAUCUUGGUCAUACACUAAACAAACAUCCACCACAGAGACAUAAUGUCAAUUUAAUGGCCAUAGUUCCCAUUGCAACACCUGCAGCAAACAGUGGGAAGUUAGGAAGACUUCCAAGUCAGCUCCCAGUCACAGUGAAAUCUCCAUCACUCCCCAGAGGACAGUGUCUUCAGAUUCCCCCUAGUGCAAAGGUCCCAACAGUAUCUGAACAACCUCUGGGUAUGAAGAAACACAUUUUUAUUUCACCAGCCAACAACUCCUCUCAGAGUUCAGGCUCACCCAGCGUGGUAUACAUGUCACCUAUCACAGGUGUCAAUCAAGGCGUUACUCCACAAAGGGAUUCUGCAGUUGAAACGCUCAACUUGCUUUGCAAGAUAGCAAAUACAACUUCAUGUGGACUUCAAUCAGAAGGAUCAAAACCACAUUUAAUAUCAAUUCCAAAGGUUUCACAAAGGCCCAACAGCCCCAUAAAGUGGGUCAUUGAUGAAGAGGACGGCUCAACAGCUCCAACUCUUGAUCCCAUUAAUUCUGUUACUUCAGCGAUUCUUCGAGUUGUUGCAGAGAGAGAGAAUGCUGGAAAGCACUGUGACGUCAUUACAAAACCAGGUCCAACUCUUGAUCCCAUUCAUUCUGUUACUUCAGAGAUUCUUCGGGUUGCUGCACAAAGAGAAAAGUCUAGCGAGCACUGUGACGUUAUUACAAAACCAGUUUCUGUGUCGAGUCAGGGCAAAUGUGGACACGGACAGGAAAACACCUUGGAAAUGUGCAACAGGAAGCAUCCACUAAAUCAACAGAAUGUACAUGUAAUGGCCAUAGCUCCCAUUGCAACACCUGCAGCAAACAGUGGGAAGUUAGGAAGACUUCCAAGUCAGCUCCCAGUCACAGUGAAAUCUCCAUCACUCCCCAGAGGACAGUGUCUUCAGAUUCCCCCUAAUGCAAAGGUCCCAACAGUAUCUGAACAACCUCUGGGUAUGAAGAAACUGAUUUUUAUUUCACCAGCCAACAACUCCUCUCAGAGUUCAGGCUCACCCAGCGUGGUAUACAUGUCACCUAUCACAGGUGUCAAUCAAGGCGUUACUCCACAAAGGGAUUCUGCAGUUGAAACGCUCAACUUGCUUUGCAAGAUAGCAAAUACAACUUCAUGUGGACUUCAAUCAGAAGGAUCAAAACCACAUUUAACAUUAAUUCCAAAAGUUUCACAAAGGCCCAACAGCCCCAUAAAGUGGGUCAUUGAUGAAGAGGACGGCUCAACAGCUCCAACUCUUGAUCCCAUUAAUUCUUCUGUUACUUCAGCGAUUCUUCGAGUUGUUGCAGAGAGAGAGAAUGCUGGAAAGCACUGUGACCUCAUUACAACACCAGUGUCUGGGUCAAGUCAGGGCAAAAGUGGACAGGAAAACACCUUGGUAAUGUGCAAGGGGAAGGUGUUUUUUGUGGCCAAAAGUUGCAGCCUAUCAUAUAAAAUGGGGAAAGGUGACUUGCCCACAACAGCAAGAAAAACUUAUGAAUUCAACAAAACCAUCGGACCUUCAUCACAACAAUCAAUUGAGGCUGUUGCACCUCAGAAAAGGGAGAGUCUCAGAAUUAUCACUUCAGUGGAGUCAGAUGAAGUGAUUGACCUGUGUGAUGAUGAUUCGUCUCAAGCAGCAUCAGGUCAUAUGUCAGCAGUCAAUCAUCUGGAAGAAGAUAAUGUGAUAUUUGUGUCAUAUAUUCCACCAAAGUCUGAGUCAACACCAAAUUUCAGACUAUCACAAAUGGAAACAGAGCAGAUGGGCACAAGCAGCUUUAACAUUGUGACAGAACAAAAGAGCCUGAAGGGUGAAACUGGUGCUCUUGGAAGAAGACAACAGUUGGAGAGCAUGGAAGUUGAUGUAGAAACAAAACGUCCAGCCGAUCCCAUCACCUCUGACGGCAGCAGUGGAAAAUGCUCUCUAUUAGAGAAGGAUACCCACGAAUUGGAGAACUCUAUGGACCCUGGAACAAGUUGGACAUCUUUGCCUGCACCAGAAUCCUGUGAAAUGGCCGAUCAUCUGCUGAGGCAGAUAUUUGGUAUAACAGCAGAUGUGAAGAUUUCCCUGCAGAGGAUUGAUGGAGCCUCAGUUGGGUCUCUACCUGCAGAACCUCUACUGAGUGAGUCUAUAAGGUCAGUGGAUGAUAAUCAGGAACCAACCAGCAGGUUUAAAGAGCAAGAACUUUGUUUACAGGACUUUAACAGUCCACAAGAAGUGAAAGUACAAACUGAACAGAAACUAUCAGAGGCCUCAGCCAGUCUAAGUACUUGCACAUAUAGUGGACCUCUCAAAUGUUCACAUUUCAAAGUGAACAAAAAGCCUCUCUCUGCUUUGAGUAAUAAAUGCCAGUCAGGUAACACUUCACCUAAGGCACCAUCGUGUGACUAUAAAACUGAGCCAGGCUAUGUGGAACCCAUAGAUGAGGAUUUCAUCAGCACAGAUGAAAAUGACAUUCCCAACUCACAGGACACAGCUGCCCGCCCACAGACUCCAACGUGUGUGGAUCUCAAUAUAAACACGGGGAGAAUGGGAAGAAAAAGGAAGAGCACAAUGUGUCCAUGUUGCAUGCCUGCAGUGAAGUCCAGUGCAAAGUCAAAAGAGCCCGAGGAGUGGGCAUGGACUACAGAGCAGGCAAGUAAAAAAGGGUGCAGAACAAAGUUUGUUAGAAAAGAUGUCAAAGCAUCUAGAAGGAUCAACUGUCAAACAGCCAAGAACAACUCGAAGACUUCUGAGGUUCCAGCCAGUGACAGUUUAUCCACAAAAUACAUGGACGCUGAUGAACUAAAACUACAUGCACAGAUCAAAAGACUCAAAGAGCUUCUGCAAGAGAAAGAGGCCGCUUUAGAACUGAUGAGAAACAGCACGAGCUGAGAUGAUCAAUCGAACAUUUCCAAACUCUAAUAUUCUAGUUAAUGGAUUUGUUUUUAGUAUAUAAUAUGUUAUUGCUUCUAUUUAUUUUGGUUGCAGUUAGCAAGGACUGAUAACUAUCAUAGUGGCAUCAGUACAGUGUCAUGUAUACAGGGCUGUAGUGUGGCACAAAUGCAUGCAAAUGUAUGAUUUGGUUGAGAACAAUGAAAUGUGUCUUGGUAUCUCAUUUCAUUAAAGGUUUACUUGAACAAUU